CUUUGAAUCACGUCACGAAAGAAACUUCUCUCGCAUUUGUCAGCUAAUUAAAGCAGCUGGAGACACUUUAGCUGCUUUUGCAAACUUCGACCAUAUCCAAACUCAAUUGUACAACACAGCACCAUCAACCCAGACCCAUUGACUCUCCAAACACCGCCAAGACCAACACUAUGGCUCACGUGGGUGAUCUAGAGAGUCAAACAAACCACCAUGAGGAAACACCUCUGCUUAACGAAGAGCAAUUGGAUCAACAUCAAGUCGAUCAAAAGCAGCCCCAGAAGAGGCGGCGUAGCUGGUACCUCUGGAGAAUAUUCUGGGCUGUCGUUGCCAUUGUCAUCUUAACUGUCUUUAUCAAGGGCUGGAUUGACGCAGGCAGCGAUGUUGAUUUUGAUCUAAAAGAUGCACUCGAGAGAGCAAUUGGCGGUGGCCUAAGCGGUGCUGCAGCCAUGGUUCUACAAGUCGUGCUUCUGAUGCCACUUCGAACGGUUAUGAACUAUCAAUACCGUUUUGGGACCUCCUUCACCAGCGCAACUCAGACACUCUACAACGACGGAGGAUGCCGCCGCUACUAUCAAGGCAUCGCAGCUGCACUUGUCCAAGGACCUGCGGCGAGAUUUGGAGACACGGCGGCAAACGCCGGAAUCCUUGCAUUAUUACAAUCAAAUUCAUAUUUGAAACAACUUCCAUUGCUUGUGAAAACGGUUUUCGCCUCUCUUUGCGCUGCUGGUUUCCGAAUGAUCCUCACUCCCAUUGAUACCCUGAAGACUACCCUCCAGGCGCAAGGCGCCAGUGGGACUUCCUUGCUUCGCCAACGCGUCAAGAGGCACGGCGUAACAAGUCUGUGGUGGGGGGCAUUCGCCACUGCAGGUGCAACAUUCGUCGGACACUAUCCCUGGUUUGCUACGUACAAUUCGUUGAGCGAAGCUAUCGAAGAGCCACCAAAGGAUGAGCUAUUCCUAUGGUUGCUGCGCUUAGCCUUCAUCGGAUUUGUCGCGUCCAUCGUUUCUGACUCCAUAUCCAACUCUUUAAGGGUGGUGAAGACCUACCGCCAGGUUAAUGACACCAAAGUCUCAUAUGCCGAGGCCGUAAGGCUGGUGGUUCGGGAUGACGGGAUAUCUGGACUUUUUGGGCGAGGACUUUCAACUCGUAUCUUAUGUAACGGUCUCCAGGGACUGCUAUUUUCCAUCUUGUGGAAGCUAUUCCUCGACUUCUGGGAGCAGAAAACAAGCACCUAACAGAAAUCGCAAGCGAGUUCAUGUGGCAAGUCAAUGGGUUUAUUGCUUGGAUCCUUUCUAGGUUUCGUGAGAUUAUGGGAUUAUGCCGACUUGUGAUAUUAGGUAGGCAUUUCCAUGUCUACUGCUUUCUCCGGGAGACUAAUUAGUGCUGCGUCUCCGCUUCCUCUUUUGCUUCUGCUCCUUCUCCCUGGGAUUAACUACCCUGACAGAGGAGUGGCACUCUGAUCUGUUGUACUCAGAGGUAGAAGAAGACCUUCCUUGAGACAUUCAAAUAGCCAGGCACGGACAAGCCACAUCGCUCCAAUCCUGCCAAAGCUGAAAAGGG